UAGGAAGUGAUCAGGUACAAAACUGGUUUCAGCAGCUGUGAUACAGACUCCCACAGACUGGUCCAUCUCGGAAAGACGAGCGAGAUGUUCAAUACAGCCUUUAAAGAACAUGGGCGGACCAGUCCUGGCUGUGACGGCAGACUGACUUGGGACAUGGACUCCGAGGAGAGGCGUGGCCUGAAUACUCGGCUUCGGCUAAAAUGCAGCAGGUGCCCUUCUGCGUCCGAAAUGCACAACCUCUAUGAGGAAGUGCAAACCAACUCAAGGGGAAGGAAAGCCGCAACUGUCAACUACGGCCUACAAGUAGGUCUAAGUCAAACCCCCAUCGGCAGCUCAUCACUACGCAAAAUUCUUAUGGCCACCAAUACUCCACCGCCUUCUGAGUCUUCACUACAAAAAACAAGUAACACCGUCAUGCAAAAAGUAGUCACCCUUAAUAAAUGUGAUAUGAAGGAAAGAUGCAAGAAAUUAGUUAAUAUUAAUAAAUUGCGGGGGGCACCAAACCCAAAUAACAUAGGAAUACAGUGCGAUGGGAUGUAUAAUAACCCUCUCUACUCUGGGGUGGGGGAAACCCCCUUCCAGCCUGCUACCCAGACCGUCUUCUCUCUUGCAGAAGAUGUGACCAGUAGUCACGAGAUAAUAUCCCUAGUGACCAAAAACAAGAUAUGUCCCGAGGGUCAGCACCUCAAGAACAAUCCAAGCCAUGUGUGCACUGAGCAGACAUGUGGGGCAAAUAUACCCAUGACACAAAACAUUGGUGACGAAUUCACAUGGGCCAAAGAGGGCAUACAAGACCUUCUCAAGAAUGAUUUAAAUGUCAAGGACAUUACAUCUGACCCCGAUAGUACAAUAUUCAAGGCCGCAGAGUCUUUGUAUGCGGAGGGCAAACUAUCGGACGAACCGCGACAUUUUGUCGACACUCGGCACCUUGCUGAAAAUGUCAGAAAGGCCAUUAAGAAAGAUGAAUCUUUACAGAAAAUUAUGCCCAAAAGUACUAAAGCUGAAAGAACCAAACUCCUGCAUAACUUUGCUAUAGAUUUUACAGACAGAUGCACUGGUGAGAUAAACCAAGCUCAAAUUAAAUGCACAGGUCAUGCAAGCAAAAUUAAGAAGCAACUCUCUUAUGUGAGUGAUGCAAUAAUUUGCUGCUACAUGGGUGAACAUGCUUUGUGCAAAAAACACUCUUUAGUAUGCAAGGGUGGAAAGAGAAAUUGGCUCACUAAAAGUGCUUACCUUGAUGGAAACUUCAAAAUUCCAUACUCCAGGGCCAAUGCAAGGAUUCUCCAGACCUGCGUCAACAGGCGGCUUGCCCCGUCAGUCCUAGACAAGUCCAUUCUUAAUACCAAUACACAGAAAGUGGAGAGCUUCAACAGGCGUCUAAGGCGCUCACUGCCUAAGAAUGUCACUUUCGCACGCAACUUCCACGGUCGGGCGCACAGUGCAGCUCACAGUACAAAUAACGGCCCGGGGGAAUCCAUCAAGGUCUUAUGUGCUGGUGUGGGUGCCCCCAUCCCAGAGGGGGGAGGGUUAGUCAAUCUCUGA